UCGUCGUUGCUGUUUGGCUUCGUUGCUCAGCAGGAGGUGUAUAGAUUGCACGCGUCGCUUCUUCGGCUCCUUCGUGGCUGUUCGACUUCGCUCCUUCGACGCCUUCCUAUCGGAUCGGAAGUUACGACAUUUUGAUCGGAAGCAAGCACGGGAGCUCGCUGGCUUUGAAGAGAUGGCAUUUCGAGGGGGUCGAGGCCGAGGGCGUGGAAGGGGUGGAUCUUUUGAGUUUAGGAUGGCAAAGCACGAGCCAUUUAUCCCUUUCCCGGAAGACGUAAAAUUACCUGAUGUGUCAAAAAUUGAAAAUUUCUCAAAUGAAGAGAAGGUGCUUAUAAAUUGGAAAAUAAAGUUUGAAAGAUUUUGGAAAACCUCCUGUUAUUAUCUGGAAGAUUCGAAAAGACAAGAUGCUGAGAUUGAGCAAUAUGCUGAGAAGCUUAAGCGCAAGGGACAGCAACCACAACAUUUUGGAACUUAUAUGAAGCUUAAUGUGUCAAAUUUCCCUGCUGAACUGAUACAAGGUGGAAAAAGGGGACACGACAGCAAAAGACUUCGUUGGGAUACAAAACGAGAUGAAUUCAGUUUGUUUGACAAGCUUGAAGAGAAAGAGAAGGAUGGUGAUGGAAAGGAUAAUAGUGUAAAGGAAAAGAAAGAUGGUGAUGAAGAAGAGGAAGAAGAUUUAGAGAAUGAAGAGGCAGAAAGCUCGGAGGAUGAUUAUGCUCAGAAUGAAUACUUUGAUGAUGAUGAGGAUGAUUUCAACAGAGAUGACGACCCAGUGGAAGACUACUAUGACUGAAGGAGCAGCGCUUCAAUGUCAGCUGUAAGCAAAGCUAAAACUGGACGCGGUAGCAGAUUUAUGUUAUUCUCUUCUUCAAAAGGUACAUUUGGUGCGGAUCGAGCUGUGGCUUCUUGAUUGAGAUGGCUUCAGAUUAAGGAUCCAACUGUAAAACCCGAAAAAUAUUGAUCAUCGGCGUCACACAUAUUUCGAUGUGCCGCAACUAAAUUAGACGAAAUUUUGAAGUCGUCGGAAUUCGACGCAAUUAAUUUUGUUAGAUUCUACGCGAAAUUUCAAUCGAUAUGAUAUAAAAGACUUGUACUUAAUUUCA